AUGAAGUUCACUCCCAUUGCCCUCCUCGCCAUCGCCGCUGGCGUCCAGGCCAGUGCUCUCAAGCAGCACGAGCCCCCCGUGCACCAGAAGAGCGCUAGCGUCCACGUCGGCACUGCUGCUCAGACUGGCACCCACCCCAUCCAGACCGGUACUGGCGGCACCGGCGGCGCCACCAACGGCACUACCGGCACCAACGGUACUGUUUCCACCAUCCCUGUCUCCGUCCCCACCUCUAGCCCCAGCCCCAGCUCUAGCGCUGGCGGUGCUGGUGGUGCUGGUGGUGCUGGUGGUGCUGGCGGUGCUGGCGGUGCUGGCGGCGCUGGCGGCGCUGGCGGUGCUGGCUCUAGCACCGGUGCUGGCAACACCCCGGCCUCUCCCAGCUCUACUGGCUUCGUCCCCUCCAACCCCGGAGCCAAGAUCUCCGUUCCCCAACUGGGCAUGGUUGGCACUGCUGUCGGCAGCGUCGCCUAUGGCGCUCUCCUGUUCCUCGCAUAA